CAGAGACGAACAUGAAGACUUUAAAGAGGAGAUGCGACGCCUGAGAAAGCUGCGAGGCAAAGGGAAGCCGUUGAAGGGCGAAGGGAAGAGGGCGGGCAAGAAGAAGUGAGCCCAUCCUGGAACCUAAGGAACUACAUAGAACUCUCUCUUUCUCUCUCCCCUCUCUGUGUACCAGACAAAUCACUGUGCACCCUGUGUUGAGUGCAGCCUUGGACUUUACCUCUGAAGAAUAUUCCAGUGUUUUGCCUAGUUGGCCGUCCAGCAACAUCGAUAAGGCUUGUAUGUUCAGUGUGUAUAUUCUGCACACGUGGGAACAUACAUUCACACAGUAUAUUGUGGUAUUCAUUCAUGAAUAAUAAUGAGAUGUAUAUAUGUGUGCUUUUGACAUGUCAAAUAAACAAUAUUGCCAUUCAGUGUGUUUUUUAAACAAAA